AAAGGAACAGGGUCUGGGACUCUGUGCAGGGUUGUCAGAGGCAGCCUUCUCAAGUCACGUGGGAUCUACCUCCAAGAGCAGCUGUAAUGAUGCUACCCGAUGCAGCAAAGUAUCACUUUCCUUGGGAGGUAAAUUUGGCAUCAGUCUCUGAAAGGAAGACCCUCAGAACAUUUGGCAGAUUAUACUCCUAUGAUUUGGUCAGCUCCAAAGCUAUUUUAGCAGCUCAGCACAGUUCGAUUCAGCACAUCUGGGUCUGUACCAAGUUUGUGGAACCAUUCCAAGCCCAGCUUGGGUCUGUAUAUAUUGUCCUGGGGGAAACUGAACUUGGGAAUGGUAAGGAGGUGGUACUAAAGGCCCGAGUGUUUACAUGUGUGGAAGGGAUAAACCUUCCAUUGUUGGAGAAGGCCAUAUUGGAACAGAGAAAAUAUUUCCAGGAGAGAGAGAAGCAGCUGGAGGGAAAGAAUUCCUAAUUCAAUGCUUUAGAAGGAAUUUACUGCUGACAGACUUCUUGAUAUAUUGAACAUAGCCGGCUCAUCCUUUGCUGUCACUCCUGUAUCAUGUACUGUACCAUUUUGCAGCACCCUCUUGAAUGUAAUGGCCAUUUUAAAGUACAUCAUGUUUUUAUUGCUCAGAGAAUGCAUGUUUAUUUUCUGUAUUUUGGGAUUGCUUUACAUUGUAUUUUAUUAAGCUUCCAAUUAAAGCUGCAUGUGGUCUUUUCUACAUUUUGCAUUUCACAUGUUACCCAUGAAUGUGUACCUAUGUCUGCACUUGGAAAGGAAUUGCUAAUAGAUGUGGAAACCAAUAUGAAAUCAAUGCAGGUGAAGAUUUUUUUUUUAAAC